AUGGCUCAGGAAAAGAUAACGCUGGCGGAUGCACUGUCCAACGUGGAGGUGCUGGACGAACUACCCUUGCCGGACGAGCAGCCAUGCAUCGAGGCUCAGCCCUGCUCCGUGGUGUAUCAAGCGAAUUUCGAUACAAACUUCGAGGAUCGGAAUGGCUUUGUGACCGGAAUCGCUAAAUACAUCGAGGAAGCGACCACGCACGCAAACCUGAAUCAACUGCUCGAUGAAGGACAAAAGCAUGCGGUGAUGCUGUACACCUGGCGUUGCUGCUCGCGAGCCAUACCACAGCCAAAAUCGAACGAGCAACCAAACCGGGUGGAAAUCUAUGAGAAAACGGUCGAAGUGCUCAGCCCGGAAGUGAACAAAUUGCUAAACUUCAUGUACUUUCAACGCAAAGCGAUAGAAGCAUUCUCCGGCGAGGUGAAACGACUGUGUCAUGCGGAAAAGCGUAAAGAUUUCGUCUCGGAAGCGUACCUUUUGACGCUCGGCAAGUUUAUCAACAUGUUUGCGGUGUUGGACGAGCUGAAGAACAUGAAAUCGAGCGUAAAGAACGAUUACAGCACGUAUCGGCGGGCGGCGCAAUUUCUAAAGGUUAUGACGGACUCGCACAGCUUGCAGGAGUCCCAGAAUCUGUCCAUGUUUUUGGCGACGCAAAACAAAAUCCGCGACACGGUAAAGGAUACGCUCGAGAAGAUAGCGGGCUACGAAGAUUUGCUGUCCGAGGUGGUUAAUAUCUGCGUGCACAUGUACGAUUCGAAGAUGUACAUGACGCCGGAAGAGAAGCACAUGCUGGUGAAGGUGAUGGGUUUUGGGUUGUUUUUGAUGGAUUCGGAAAUUUGUAACAUCAACAAGCUGGACCAGAAGAAAAAGCUGCGACUCGAUCGGAUCGAUCGUAUUUUUAAAAAUCUGGAGGUAGUACCACUGUUUGGCGAUAUGCAGAUUGCCCCGUUCAACUACAUCAAGCGCAGCAAACACUUUGAUCCGAGCAAAUGGCCCCUGUCCAGCUCAACGGCGAUCAGCCCGCAGGCAGACCUGAUGGUGCAUCUGCCGACGAUUCGGGAAGAUCAUGUGAAGUACAUAUCGGAGCUGUCGCGCUACAGCAACGAGGUAACGACCACGUACAAGGAUAAUGCGACGGAUGCAGAAAACAAAUCGACUGCCGAUCUGGCGUUGCGCGGUUUGCAGCUACUGUCCGAAUGGACGUCCGUCGUUACCGAGCUGUACUCGUGGAAGCUGCUGCACCCGACCGACCACCACCAGAACAAGGAUUGUCCGGCCGAGGCGGAAGAGUACGAACGGGCCACGCGCUACAACUACACCGAGGACGAAAAGUUUGCCCUAAUCGAGGUGAUAGCGAUGAUCAAGGGGCUGCAGGUGCUGAUGGCACGCAUCGAAACGGUCCUGUGCGAAGCGAUACGGCGCAGCAUCUACGCCGAGUUGCAGGACUUUGUCCAGCUGGUGUUGCGCGAACCGCUACGAAAGGCGGUCAAAAACAAGAAGGAUCUGAUCCGAUCGAUCGUGAUGUCGGUGCGGGAAACGUGUGCCGACUGGCAGAAGGGUACGGAACCGUCGCAGGAUCCGGCCCUCAAGGGCAAGAAAGAUCCGGACAGUGGGUUUGCGAUCAAUGUGCCGCGGCUGAAUGUGGGCCCAUCGUCCACGCAGCUGUACAUGGUGCGCACGAUGCUGGAAUCGUUGAUAGCGGACAAAUCGGGCGGCAAGCGUACGCUGCGGAAGGACAUCGACGGUUCCUGCCUGUCGCAGAUCGAUGCGUUCCACAAGGCAUCGUUCUACUGGACGUAUUUGCUUAGCUUCAGCGAAACGUUGCAGAAGUGUUGUGAUCUGUCGCAGCUGUGGUAUCGAGAGUUUUAUCUCGAAAUGACGAUGGGAAGAAAAGUGAACAAAUGUACGGUGCGCCAUCAACACAACGAAGAGUGUAGCGAUCUGAUUACGAUGGAAAAGCGCAUUCAGUUCCCGAUCGAAAUGUCCAUGCCGUGGAUACUGACGGACCACAUACUACGCACCAAGGAACCGUCGAUGAUGGAGUACGUGCUGUACCCGCUGGAUCUGUACAACGAUUCGGCCCUGUACGCGCUCACCAUCUUCCGCAAGCAGUUCCUGUACGACGAGGUAGAGGCCGAGGUGAAUCUAUGCUUCGAUCAGUUCGUUUACAAGCUAAGCGAGCAGGUGUUUGCCCACUACAAGCAGCUGGCCGGCAGUAUCUAUCUCGACAAGCGGUUCCGCGUCGAGUGCGAAGUGCUGGGAUUUAACUUCCAGUCCUACCCGCGCAACAAUAGGUACGAAACGCUGCUCAAACAGCGCCAUGUGCAGCUGCUCGGUCGUUCGAUCGAUCUGAACAAGCUGAUCACGCAGCGCAUUAAUGCGGACAUGCAGAAGAGCUUGGAGCUGGCAAUUUGUCGGUUUGAAGCUAGCGACAUCACCGGCGUUGUCGAGCUGGAAGCGCUGCUGUCGGUGAACAAGCUUUGCCACAAGCUGCUCUCCAAGUGGUUAGCGCUGGACGAUUUCGAUGCGAUGCUAAAGGAAGCCAAUCACAAUGUGCUCGCACCGUACGGGCGCAUCACGCUGCACGUUUUUGUCGAGCUGAACUACGAUUUUCUCGCCAACUAUUGCUACAACGCGGCGACGAACCGCUUCGUGCGCAACAAGCUGCAGAUUGCAUUUUCCGGCCCGAUCACGCGCGAGAAGGCACCGGUCAUGUCGCACUACUAUCUGUGGGGCUCAAAACCGUUGAACGCGGCCUACUCGACGCAGUACAGCCAGUAUAAUGGGUUUGUCGGUGCGCCCCAUUUCCAUGCGAUCUGUCGCUUGCUCGGAUAUCAGGGCAUUGCGGUGGUGAUGGAGAUCAUACUGAAGGAUAUCGUGAAACCGCUGGUGCAGGGCAAUCUGCUCCAGUUCACCAAGACGCUAAUGUCAGCGAUGCCCAAGUGCUGCAAACUGCCGCUGUGCGAUUACGGGUCGCCCGGUGUGCUGAGCUACUAUCAGGCCCAUCUGGUCGACAUUGUGCAGUAUCCGGAUGCGAAAACGGAACUGUUCCAGUCGUUCCGGGAGAUGGGCAACUCGUUGCUGUUCUGUUUGCUGAUCGAGCAGGCCUUGUCGCAGGAGGAGGUGUGCGAUCUGCUGCACGCUGCACCGUUCCAAAACAUUCUACCGAGACCGUUCUGCAAGGAUGGCGAGAAGCCGGAAAGCAAACAGAAACGGUUGGAGGCGAAGUACGCCUCGCUGCAGAUAGUGCCAAACGUGGAAAAGCUGGGCACGGCAAAGCAAGCAAUGAUUGCCCGCGAGGGCGAUUUGCUGACACGCGAGCGUUUGUGCUGCGGGUUAAGCAUUUUCGAAGUGAUUCUCGGGCGCGUUAAAUCAUUCCUGGACGAUCCGAUCUGGAUGGGUCCACCACCGAUCAACGGCGUGAUGAAUAUUGACGAAUGUUCCGAGUUUCACCGGCUCUGGUCGGCGCUACAGUUUGUGUACUGUAUACCGGUCGCUGGUACGGAAUACAUGGUUGAGGAACUUUUUGGCGAAGGUCUUCACUGGGCUGGUUGUACCAUCAUCGUGCUGCUGAACCAACAGCGAAAGUUUGAAGCGCUCGAUUUCUGCUACCAUAUUCUACGUGUGCAACGCGUCGAUGGCAAAGAUGACACUGUCAAGGGAAUCAAUCUGAAGCGCAUGGUCGAUCGCAUCCGUCGCUUCCAAGUGCUAAACUCGCAGAUAUUUGCCGUGCUGAACAAAUAUCUCAAAAGCAACGAUAUCGAAGGAUCAAAUGUGGAGCAUGUGAGAUGUUUUCCGCCACCGCCACAUCCGAGCGUAGCGCCCUCGCACUAUCACGAUCCCAACAAACUGCGAAGUCAGUAA